AUGAGACGUGCUUCGUUUGUGAGGAUCACCGGUCCUCCGACGGGCAACGAACCUGUACCGCCUCCGCCAUUUCCGAGGUGGCAGAUGCUAGUCCUGGCGAUGUGCCGAAUAUGCGAACCGAUUGCUUUCAUGGGAAUCUUCCCAUACAUUUACUUCAUGAUCGAGGACUUUAACAUCACCGACGACAAGAGCAGAAUCUCGUUCUAUGCCGGCAUGGUUACCUCGGCAUUCACUUUUGCAGAAUUCUCGACCGGUAUCCUGUGGGGACGACUGAGCGACAAAAUCGGAAGGAAGCCGGUCCUACUCACAGGCCUGAUUGGAACUGCCAUCAGCGUUGUGAUAUUUGGAUUCGCCCGUAACAUUUGGGUCGCCCUCUUCGCUCGAGCAGUCGGCGGUCUACUGAACGGGAAUAUGGGCGUGCUGCAAACAACAGUGGCAGAACUGGUGACCGUCAAGGAACAUCAACCCCGGGCCUACACCCUCAUGCCGGUGGUGUGGUGUUUAGGAUCUAUCGUCGGGCCUAUGAUCGGCGGUGCCCUUGCACGACCAUGCAUCAGCUACCCGAGCCUAUUCUCACCAGGCACCAUCUGGGAUCGCUAUCCCUAUCUCCUUCCAAACCUCUUCAGCGCAUUCAUCGUGCUGAUCGGGGUUGUCAAUGGAAUUUUGUUUCUCGAGGAGACGCAUGCGGAGAAGAAACACGUACCAGACCGGGGACUCGAGAUGGGCAAAUGGAUCAUGUCCGGGCUGCCCAGCUUCCGAAAAUGCGCCGCGCCACGAGACGAGAAGACCAAGAUGGCCGAGGCCGAGUCUGACGAAUUACAGCCGCUCAUUGAUCAUGACGAACAAUUGCCAGGUUACCGGACGAACGAAAACUCGCCAGAAAACUCGCCCCGCCUGAGAUCUGCAUCCGCUGCUUCAAUUUCACGAGACACAUUAGACCUAGCAGAAGGCCGUAAGAAUGCCGGUGUGGGAAUAACUAAGAUCUUCACUCGGCCGGUGGUACUCAACAUCAUCUCGUUUGGCAUUUUAGCUUUUCACACGAUGACUUUCGAUCAACUCUGGCCCAUAUUCCUGAGCACAGAGCCGCCGAAACAUGAGAUGCCAACAUCACUACCUUUCAAGUUCGUCGACGGGUUCAAUCUUGACAGCAAAACUGUUGGCAUCAUCCUCAGUCUACAGGGAGCUUACCAACUGUCGAUCAACAUGUUUCUCAUUCCACCGGUUCUGAAACGUGUAGGCCCACUGCGCCUGUUCCGAUUUCUGAUCGUUGGAUACUUCCUACUCUACGUGAUCACCCCUUAUCUGGUCCUGCUGCCCGAGAAGUAUCGAACGGUCGGAGUGGCUUUCAUCUUGGUCUGGAAGUGCACAUUUGCGAGCAUGGCAUACCCGAGCAAUGCGAUCUUGACGGCCAAUUCAGCGCCGAGUCACCUUGCCCUUGGCACCAUUAAUGGCGUCGCAGCCUCGACGGCCAGCUUGUGCCGUGCUUUCGGACCGACGCUGGCAGGCAUUCUCUACUCUGUCGGCCUCAAGUCUGGUUACUCGGGCCUCGCUUGGUGGUGCAGUGCUUUGGUCGCCAUUGGUGGCGCCGUCGUCGGACUCCAGAUCCGGGAACCCUCAUCAAGCACCCCUGCCGACAAGCCGGACAUUAACCCCGACAACGACGUGGAAGCCGGGCAGCCGCUGAUGACACAGGUCACUGCGCGAGAAAUGGCCUCGGCCGCAGAUUGA